GACGAUGAUGAGUGCAAGCUCGUCGGUGCUAACCAUAACGCAGGAGGGGCACGAGAAAUGGAUGAAUUAUUAUGGACGUGUGUAUGAAAACGAGAUGGAGAAGGAGUCUCGGUUUGCAGUAUUCAAAGAGAACCUGGAGUUCAUUCACGCCUUCAACCGGAAGAAGAACCGGUCUUUCAGGCUCGGCGUCAAUGCCUUUGCUGAUUUGACUAAUCAAGAAUUCCGAGCCCUUAGAGCCACUGGAUACAAAAGUCCUCCUAUUCACCCUCUCAAUCAUAUUAAUAAUGAUGAUGGUAAGCCUUCUUCCCACGACACCUUUAGAUACAGCAAUUUCACAGCGAUUCCAAGGAGCCUGAAUUGGAAGAAGAAAGGAGCUGUUACUGAUGUCAAGGAUCAAGGCCAAUGCGGGAAGCUGUUGGGCAUUUUCUGCGGUUGCGGCGGUAGAGGGCAUACACGAAAUAUCAACGGGGAACCUAAUUUCACUCUCUGAACAACAACUCAUAGAUUGCAACACCGUGAACAAGACUUGCCAGAAUGGAGGAGGUAUGGGCCAAGCUUUCGACUAUAUCUCCAAUAACAAUGGUCUCACAGAUGACCAAAGCUACUCAUAUACGGGAGUAAACGGGACCGGCUGCCGCAGCAAAUUCUCGCCGGCCAUAAAGGCAGCGGCUGGGAUCACGGGCUACGAAAACGUUCCGAUUAAUAACGAGACGGCUUUGUUACAGGCCGUGGCUAACCAGCCGGUCUCGGUCGCAAUUCAGGCAGGUCAAAAGGCGUUUCAGUUCUACCAUAGAGGCGUGUUCGUCGGCAACUGCGGGACCGAGCUUGAUCACGACGUCACGAUCGUGGGGUAUGGGAAAAGUGUGGAGGGCAUGGAGUAUUGGGUGGUAAAGAACUCAUGGGGCUUCAAUGGGGUGAAGCGAGCUACGCUAGAAUGGCAAGAUGCAUUCUGACGCCAGGGGACUCUGUGGCCUCGCCAUGGCUGCUUCCUAUCCAACUGUGGCGCCUUAAUUACCUUCUUUUUUCGAAAUUAUUUUAUGUGCCUAUUUAGAGCCUCUUUG